AUGUCCGGAAGGGAUUCGAUUAUCUGUUCCGUCGGAUGUGGCUGCAGUAUUGAGGCCGCCGACCUGUUGGCCGCUCUCCCGGAGACGCAGAGGGAUCUGCGUACCGCCUCUGUCACUGCCAUCUACGGGCUGGAGCGGGUAAAAUAUACCAUUCACCAGGAGUUAGGCCACUUCUGCUGGCUGUAUACCGCUUUAGAUAAAGAAAGCAUUAUGAUAAUUAAUAAUGGGCCGUUGGAACUAGAUAUGUUCAUGGACCGUUACGAAAUGAAGGCGAAAACCUUGUUUAUUUUCUGUUUUUGA